ACAAACGAGCACUCGGCGCGAUGGUUCUCGUUCUUCGAAGGGGUAUUUGAAAGCGCGGGCGGUUAGUAAUCGCGAGUAUCAACAGUCGGUCGGACAGUGUGUAAAGUGGAAAAAAAAAUCACAAUAAUGAUACACUACUAACUCAUAGCUCAUCGCGGCGAGCGAGAUAGGAAAACAAAAGUCGAGACACGAAUCGCCAAGUAAACUUGGAUGCCAAGGAAAUAAAAAUAGUGUCAGCUUUUUAGACCGUAAGUGACACAGGUCGGUCUCGUGGAAGAUAGGUUAAGGUGGUGCGAGUUGAACGAACUUAAGAUCAAUCAAGUCUAAUCAACACAAAUGUUUCCUGCGCUGAAAAUUGUGGACCACUCCCCCUGGAUUCGCCAAGAAUGAAACUAAUGAUAAUGGAAGCGGCUGUGAUCACGAUAGCAGUCGAUUGUGGUAGAAGUGUUUGAGUAUCGAGCGCGAAAAAAACCUAUAUGUUCCCUGGAAACGCGACACGGUUUUAGUUCCUUCGUAAGUUGUGUGUAUAUAUUUGUUUAUGUGUAUAAAUUACUAGCGCUAAAAAAUACAAGUGACGGUGAAGAAUGAAACAGCGCUUAAUCAAACACCCCCCAUUCGAGCGGCUGGUAUAAAUUACCAUCAAGAAUACUUGAAUUCAAUUUGGAAAAUAAAAAGAAGUGUUUGUGGUUGAGUGGGUUGGACAGCCGUUACCAGUCCUGUGGAAUGGAAGUGACACACUCCGGCAGUGUUCAGUCAUGUGGAUUCUGUUUAGAAUGUGCGACCGGUGACGGAACGGGUUCGCGUUGUUACCGUGAUAUGCCGCGAAAGGAUGAAAUGACCAAAAGUACCAUACAGUUUGCCAUAACCGCCAGCAGUGUCAUCCAGCAGAAUGAUACAGUUGUUAGACACUGUAUUGCGGCCUCGACAGGAUCAGCAUCGAGCGGAAGCAAUGUGGACGUGCAAAAUCAGCUCAUCAUGAAGAAUGCCGACUGCGAGAUAAAUCUCACCGGCAAGCCGGACAGAUUCGCUGUUGUUGUGGAAUCGCCCAACAAUCGAAUACGCGUGGCUUUGAGCGUCUUGAUUCGUCUGCUGCUGCCACUUACUCACGGAUUGGCCCGAGGAUGGAACGGAUUGCGAGGCAUUCGGAUGUUGCAGCUGUUUCGAAAGAUUCGCGAAAGUCGUGGCCUACUGACUACGCUUUUCGCCUUCGCCGCCAACACCGUUUCGAUGAGUUUGUCUUCGGUUCAAGUGGUCCAUCGAAUUGACCCACUGCUGCGGGUGAUCAAGUUCCGUAAUAACUCCUCAACCCCAAAUGGAAACGCGAUCGAGGCAAGCAAACAACGGGAAGAGUCGGAUACUUGUACCAAACAGUCUACAGCAUCGAAUGUACGAGAUGCGCCAGAUAAGUGUGUCGAACUGGUAGUGCUGGCGGAACCACCUGCAGGCGAGCCGAUCCGAGCUGAUGUUGUGCUUAUUCAUGGCUUGCAUGGAUCGCUGGUGAAUACUUGGAAGCAAGGUCUAUGGAAUAGUGAAGGAAAACUGGAGCACUUCGAGCGACCGCCGAAACCCCCGGUAAGACCACCGAAACGACAAAGACAUUCCCGGGCCAACCUUUUCGCUCCUCCCCACGUAUCGAAGAAACCAAAGUUUGAACAGGACACCAUCGAAUUAAGCGACGACGAUGAGCAGCAGUUCGAUGCGGUUCAAACGACGUCCUACGAAUUGUCGAAACGAAAGUUUACCUACGAAUGUGGUGAACCAGAUGAGGUUCACUUUGCCGAUGAGAUGGAAUACAGCUUCCCAACGUUUAGGUUAAGAAUCGAGGACGAAAACAAUAAUCGAAUCGCCCAGGGAUACACGGAAAAGCGACACCACGGUAAGCGAAAACUAAAAGUGAAGAAAGACGAGUCGUGGUCACCCUGCUGGCCAGGUGACUGGCUACCGGUGGACUGCCCCGGAGUGCGAGUACUUGCUCUCAACUACACUACCGAUCCGUAUCUCUGGAGGCCGCUGUGGAUUACCAAGAGAAAUCGCUCCAAUUUAGUGGAUCGCGCCAGGGAGAUGGCCGAUAUGCUCAUUGCUAAGGGCGUCGGCAAGGGACAGCCGAUCGUUUGGGUUGGCCAUUCGAAGGGUGGUCUCUUCAUCAAGCAAAUCAUUGUGGAUGCAUGGGAAAGCGGACGACCCGCCGCCGAACAGCUGUGGCGAUCAUCGCGCGGAACAUUCUUCUACUCGGUGCCACACAGGGGCUCUCCGCUGGCGGAUUUCAAUCUACCCCUGCUACGUCAGUCCAUCGAACUGACCGAGAUUCAGAAGAACUGUGCCAGCAUCCUGGAGUUGCACCGACGCUUUGUGGCACUCUACCGAGGGGGUCAUCUCAAGAUCGACGUCUUCAGCUUCGUCGAAACGGCGCUGACGCUGAUGUCGGUUCUAUACUUGCGCAUCGUUGGAAUCGAUUCGGCCGAUCCCGGCAUCGGAGAAGUGUGUGGUGUUCGACUUGAUCACAGGGAAAUUUGCAAACCCCGCAGCCGUAACUGCAUCCUCUACACGGAACUGGUGAAAAUGAUCAACAAGGUUAGCUAAAGAGGAGAAGCUAAGAAUCGCGAAGAACCACCGCAAGAGCAAGCUUGUAUGGAUGUAUUUGUUUUAGAAUAUUUUCUACUAGUAUUGUACACUUUGUGUUAGCUGGAGGGAAAUUUUAGAUGUUUUCAGUUAAACUGUUUUGUUUGCAAUCUACCGUUAUACCAGUAACCAGAUUAACUUUUGUUUUUAAAUAUUAUUAUAUACGAGCUACCACCGGAAAGAACAGGAGAUAGAACAAGUGGUGGUAAGACCAAAAACAUCGCUACCUGAUCAGUACUUGGACAUUGUUGAACCUGUUUGAAAUUUUAUCUACUGUCGAUUUUACGAAAACCAACCGCUGGAAUGCAGGAAUAGUUUUGCGAUAAACUUUUCUAUAAACGUAAGCAAUGUGAUACAUAGAGAUUAGUAUUUCGAAUGAAUAUAUCAAACGUAGAGACGGAA